UUAUCGUUCCCAAGUUUAUAUAUAACUAUGAUGCAAGUAAAUAUAGUGAUCGCUUUGUUUUCUGCCUAAUCAUUCAUCUACUUCUAUUUUGGUAUCACCAUGGGAACUCAAUCAGAAGAUGAUAAAUCAUAUGCUGCUUCAGCCCCAUCAGAAGCAACCUCUCAAGCUGAGAAGCUAGCAGCAGAGAAGACGGCAGAGCAAAAGGCGAUCGAUGAUUGGCUUCCAAUUACCUCAUCAAGGAAUGCAAAAUGGUGGUACUCAGCUUUCCACAAUGUCACUGCUAUGGUUGGAGCCGGAGUCCUUAGUCUACCUUAUGCUAUGGCGGCUCUUGGAUGGGGACCUGGAAUUGUGGUACUCAUCUUGUCCUGGGUCAUUACUUUGUACACCCUCUGGCAAAUGGUCGAAAUGCAUGAAAUGGUUCCUGGAAAACGAUUCGAUAGAUACCAUGAGCUAGGCCAACAUGCAUUUGGUGAAAAGCUAGGCCUUUAUAUUGUGGUACCGCAGCAAUUGAUCGUUGAGGUAGGUGUGAACAUAGUAUACAUGGUCACCGGAGGAAAAUCUCUACAGAAGUUCCAUCAAACCGUAUGCCCUGAUUGCAAGGACAUCAAACUCACAUUCUUCAUAAUGAUCUUCGCUUCGGUCCAUUUUGUACUAUCCCACCUUCCCAAUUUCAACUCUAUCUCUGGUAUCUCUUUGGCAGCUGCAGUCAUGUCUUUGACUUACUCCACAAUCGCUUGGUCAGCGUCUCUGCACAAAGGAGUCCAACAAGAUGUUGAAUAUGGCUACAGAUCUAAAUCCUCCAUUGGAACAGUCUUCAACUUCUUCACCGCCCUGGGUGAUGUAGCAUUUGCAUAUGCCGGACACAAUGUGGUACUGGAGAUACAGGCAACAAUACCUUCGACCCCUGAGAAGCCGUCGAAAGGGCCCAUGUGGAAAGGAGUGAUGGUUGCAUACUUUGUUGUCGCCUUGUGCUAUUUCCCAGUAGCGCUGAUCGGCUACAAAAUGUUUGGAAACACCGUAGAUGACAAUAUCCUCAUCACUUUAAAGGAUCCGGCAUGGCUUAUUGCAGCAGCCAACAUGUUUGUUGUCAUCCACGUUAUUGGAAGUUAUCAGAUUUAUGCAAUGCCCGUCUUCGACAUGUUAGAAACCUUGCUGGUGAAAAAACUGCACUUCAAACCUAGCCGACCACUUCGAUUUAUCACAAGGAAUACAUAUGUUGCGUUUACAAUGUUCAUCGCAAUCACAUUUCCGUUCUUCGGUGGUCUCCUUGGAUUCUUCGGAGGCUUUGCUUUUGCACCAACAACGUACUUUCUCCCUUGCGUGAUGUGGCUCGCUAUCGUUAAGCCGAAGAAGUUCAGCUUUUCUUGGUUCGCUAAUUGGACCUGCAUUGUUCUUGGGCUACUUCUGAUGACCUUAUCGCCAAUCGGAGGGCUAAGGAAUAUUAUUAUCAACGCUAAAACCUACAAGUUCUACAACUAGUCAUCUUCCAAGACCUUGGACUGCAGCAAAUAUGAAUGAACUACCAAAUAAGAAAUAUUGAAUAACAUUACGUAUUUACGUGCUGGCAGUAUCUACAAACAGAUUGAGGUCAUUAAGUACAUAAUAUCCUUGAGUGACCACGAGUAGCCGCUGGAAUUUCAAUUUCUGAACAUCCUCUAUUUCAUUGUGCAUUGCUUAUAUGUAUAAACAUCAAUGAUUACUGAUAAUUUAUCUUUUGUUACA